AUUCUAUUCUGUAGCUGCUUAUUUAUCGUACGGCUGUGACGACCUCAAGUGCGCUGCUCUUCACCUACCCCAGCUUGCCGCCUCGUCCGUCGCCACGAAGAAGACGGUCUCUGAUCUCGCGCGGCAUGUCUUCACGUUCACGUGCCGACUGAAACAGACCAAUUCUUCCUUGUUUCCUUUGUCCGUCAAUCGCCGUACCAAACAUAUUAGAACCACGCGUCUCACGUGACAUGAUCAACAGACUGUAUACGCAGCCUGGAUCACGCAUCGCAACAGUAAACAAAGACCGCGUGAUUAUCGCCGCGAGUGACGAAUACGUUAAGCAGUUUUUGGUGAACUAAAAAUUUAAUAAACUAGAAAAAAAUUAUUAACGAACGAGCUGCGUGUUUGCAGCCAGAUUUUCCUCUUCCAGUUAUUCUAAGCCAUUGCCUUGGAUUCUUCACCGGUCUUUGUGGGCUACAGCCUAGUCGGCGUGUACCCCUGCGCCGUACUCAAACCGGAAACAUCUACUACCACUCAAACCAAUAAUCCACAACAACAAACUACAACAGUAGGACCUAUUCGUACGUGCAGACACACAAAUAGACCAGUACCUUACCAGUCACAACCGGUGACAGUUAAACCGACAUCAACCCAGACACAACAGUCGGCAAAUCUGGCACAGCCCACCCAGCUAGUUGUUACCUCGUGUACCUGUGGUAAGAACAACAAUUCAUCUACGGCCGGUGGUGAGGUUCAAGCCGCAUCUACAGCCACUCCGAUGUUAUUUGUGCCCUUCAAUGUACCAAACUUCGCGCCACCUAUGGCUGCAACUACAAUGCAGUCCAACUGCAGCCCAUCCAAGAUAUUGGCUGCCAAUAACAACUGUUAUCCAUAUGUGGAGCAAUACAAGGACAUGAAAGGAGGAUGGGCACCCUCGCCAGGGAGCACCGCGCCUGUGAACCCUCCGACCCUUCUUGCAGUUCAACCCUUGAUGACGCAAACUAGCACUUCGGUUCCCGUUUCCAUACACACUGUUCAACCUGUGACGAUAACUGCCCAACCAAAACAGGAUACCUCAAAACAUCAUCAUAUCUUCGUAGGGGACUUAAGUCCUGAAAUAGAAACACAAACACUGCGAGACGCUUUUGCAGCUUUCGGAGAAAUUUCGGACUGCAGAGUUGUCAGAGACCCACAGACGUUGAAGUCAAAAGGAUAUGGUUUCGUUUCUUUCAUCAAAAAGGCGGAAGCCGAAAGUGCCAUAGCAGCUAUGAACGGGCAAUGGCUCGGCAGCAGAAGUAUCCGAACAAAUUGGGCUACCAGAAAACCUCCGGCUCCAAAAAGUGAAGUAAACUCCAAACCUCUGACAUUCGAUGAAGUUUACAACCAAAGCAGUCCAACAAACUGUACAGUGUAUUGUGGAGGUAUAACAAACGGUCUGACUGAGGAACUCAUGCAGAAAACAUUCGCCCCUUUUGGGACUAUUCAAGAAAUUAGGGUAUUCAAGGAAAAAGGAUAUGCGUUUGUGAGGUUUUCUACAAAGGAAUCAGCAACACAUGCAAUAGUAGCUGUGCACAACACAGAUAUUAACGGCCAAAUAGUUAAAUGCUCUUGGGGUAAAGAAUCUGGAGAUCCGAACAAUGCACCUGUAGCCGGUCAGGCAAUAGCUGGGACUACUUUUCCAUACAGCGCUUACGGGCAACAAUUAAGUUACUGGUAUCCCCAGAGUUAUCCAGCAGCUAGUUCAGCACAAAUGCAAGGUCAAUUCUUAGGAGGUAUGCAAGGUUAUGCUUACGGGCAAUUUGGAGGUUAUCAACAAUCAUAUAUGGGUAUGGGUAUACAAGUACCAACAGCAGCCACAGCAUGGCAAGGGAUUCCUAGCCAACCCCAGAUACCUGCAACCCCCCAACAAAUGACAGCCCCUGCAGCAACAUUACAACAGCCAGGGAUAGUGUUCCCUAUCCAACAAUAUCAAGCCCAAUGAAACAGACACAUUUGUCAACAACCAGACCUAGUGAUAUAUUAAAAAAAACCAUCAAGAAAGAUACCGUUAUCAGUAGAAAAAAAAAUCGCGGAACAGUAAUAUUGUUGUGCCAAAUUUCAAGUAGUUACAAUGAACACAACUAUAGAAGUCUUAAGUCCAUCCAUUAUAAGUAGAGCUGAUGAGGACUAAAGCUUCAAAAAAAACAAACAAAAUAACUUCUGAAGGUGUAUGAGUGGUGAAAGGUUGCUGCACUGCCUAGGCAGAGCCUAUUACACGCCUAGCUCACCUUGAUUUCACAACUUUGCAUGAAAUCUGUAUUUUUCACAUCUUUUUGGCAGCUAGGAGAAGAAGAAUGGCUCCUGGUAUGAUAGAAUUUUUCCAAGGCAGAGCGGUCAAGACUUUUGGACCUCGUACAGUGUGCUCUACAACUAAGUAUUAAUUCGUUUUACUUGAGUUACCUGUACUUCUGCGGUAGGACUGUCAAACUCAUAAAAAUAAUAGAAUAUAAGAAUUUAUAUUUGUAAAGAAAUGCAAUGUGGUUUCUAUUUAAGUUUGACUUGUACAAACGCAAGUAGAAUAGGAAUGAAGUUAGAUAGGUUAGUUGAUAGUUAUGUAAUCUUGAAGACACGGAUCCAGAUGUGCAGAAUGUCUCAAAACAAAACUGAUAUUUUAAUAAAUUAUACCCAAUUUAUUUUUGAAUUCUUUCCAUUUAUUGUUAUAGAUAGUAUAUACAAUAAUAAGGCUUUGAGACAUCCUGGUUAUUACGAGCACGGUAGAAUCUCGGAUCAUAUAUCAUAAAAAAUCAGCUGUAUAUACAGAGAUCAGUCACUAAUAAGUCGUAGAGAAGCCAAAUUUUACUAUGCAUUAGUUAGUCUACCUCGUUGUAGAAUGAUUCACAUAAUUACAUUUCUUACAUUAAAAAAUAUUAAAUAAUAAUUAUAGUAUUGAAAUUCUCGUACAACUAGACAUUAUCAUUGUUGUCAUUAAAACAAAAAUUGUCAGUUGAUACAUUUUUCGUGAUUAUAUUCCCACAAUCGUCAAUUCUCAUAGUCAAUUAUCAUCUAAAAUAAUAUUUCAUAUACAUAAACUUUAUUUUACAUUCAAAUUCGAAAUAAACUGUAUGUAGAAGGUGUUCUGAACUGAAAAAUUAUUUUAUACAGAUCCAGCAAAAUUUCCUAUAAACUGUGGAUCCUCACAAUCUCACAACCACUUCUACAGUCAGGAAUCUUGAAUUUUUUCAAAGAGGGUUACGAAAAUUGAAAAUCCAUAUUCAUUGAUGGACACAGGCCUUUCGAAAAAUGUGAAGGAAAAAUUUUUCAAUUAGAAUAGCAGAAGAUUACAGAUUUAAAUAACAAUUUUUCUGUUCUUAAUGUGAGAUGCUCUUCUCUGAUAUCAGGAUAAUAUGCUAAAUAUAAUGACUAAAAGAGCAGUACAAAUAUUAUCAAAAGUAUCUUGCAAGCAUCCAAUUGAUAUAUUUCUCUAAUUUUUCACAAUCUUCUUAUCAUUAAAGCGACAGGAUUAUGUUUUAUAUUUUCAGUAUCCUGGAUUCGGACAAUAAUGCCCAAAAGUCUGCUAAAAGUUUAAGGACGAGAAUUCCGAAGAGACACUACCAGUGCUACUAUCGAUGGAAUUGUUGAAGAUGUUAUAGACACAAUAAUCAAAGUCAAGCAUCUGAACAUAUGAUCAAACAAAAGUAAAUAGACAAUAUUGAGAGCAAUUUGGCCAUGUAUCAAUGAAGAGAAGACAAAAAAGAUAAUAAGAAAUGUUGACACAAGACUCCACAAAGGAGGAGUGACAACGGACACCCAUGUCUAACAGAGAAUAAGAGAUGAUAGAGCAUCUUUUCUGUCGAUGCUCUACCUUGACGUUGAAACGGGAACAAAUGCUGACUACAUAAAAGAUUGCAUAGCAAAAUUAACAAUAGAAAUAGUUAUUCUUGGUUGGAAAUUCUUAAAAAUGAGCUUUGGACGGGAAAAUAUGGAAGGGUGAUUAGCUAGUUAACUAGUUUACAUUAAUACAAUGAACCUCAAGCAUCUAAUGAACCUCAACCAAUCUAGAUCGAGGUUACCCGUACUAACCCAACCGAACUUUUGAUUUUGAUUUUUUUUUUGUUUGAUUUUCAAAUUUCAACGCAAAUAAACUCAUUACAACAUUAGAAAAUCGACUUUAAUCGCGCUACUUCAAAUUUACGAUAGAAUUCACCACUAAAGUUGCUUUUUGUUGCUUUGGUAUCAAGAUUUUUGUUCUGCACCAUUGGAAAACAGAGCCUCUAGUUGGAAAUUGUAAGUCAAUCAAUAAUGAAAUGUAAGAAAUGAAAAUAUGUACACAGGCAUAGCUACCAUAUUUAGGCUAUUAUUGAGCGUAAGCGUGAUAAAGUAUAUACAUUAUAUACAAUAUUCAACGUGAUAUAUCCAACAAAAAAAAUCCGACAUUUUAUAAAUAUAUAUGUAUAAUGAUUGAGAGACGUUUUGAUACAAGAUAAAAGUUUACCGCAGAUGUAGAAAAUAGCAAGACGAGUACUGGUAAGUUUUUGAAACAAUUUACGGCUAAGUUAUACAAUUUAUUUUAAUCGUCACUCACAAAUGAAUUUUUUCGAACCAAUAAUUUAGAAUGAUAGACAGCUAAGUAAAGUUAACAUGUUUCAAAAAGUUAUCGUAUAAUUUAGCAUUUAUAUUAUGAAUAGCUAUAUGUUCGUUAAAUGGCAGUAUAUAUAACUUGCACGCUAAUAUUAAGAAGCACCACAUAUUUAUAACGGCUAUAUUAGUGUCUAAGUGUAAAAGGAACCACUGUCUAGUGCUCUCUCCCCUCCAACAAUACAUUCCAAAAAAAAACGCAAUUGUAAGAAACUUUCGUGUCUAGCACUACUCCAACCCACUAUUAUCGAUCAGAAAAUACGCUCAACUCUAUUUAUCUAUAGAGGAAAAUAGCCCACGAUUGUUAUUAAAUAACGAGACUGAUAGCUACUACGAAUGCGUUAGCUCCACCUAUUACCUUCUACUGCGAAUAUCGCUACUGUAAAUAAAUCAGUAUAGCCGUACCUUCGUUCGUAUCACAAUAGUUUUCCUAUUUAUCCUGAAAAUUAUCAAGUUAAAUAGUAGAGUAACAAAAUGUUGUGGUAAAAAGAAAUUUAUCGCGUACACGUAUUUUUAAUCAGUUUAAGCUUUUCCAAAAUAGUCAGAAAGACGUUCUAAAUGACUCCUAUCUAUGACGGCCCUUUCAUGUCAAAAAUAAAUGACAAUAUCGAAAAAAA